AUGCGGCGCCGGCUGCAAACGCUUUUCCAAAGGAAAUUUAAAGUCAGCCUCCUCUUCCUCCUGCUCUUGACCCUCCUGGUACACCUGGCGAUGGAUUUGGUUCUCCCCGCAGCCCAUGGGCCCUGCGGCUGCGAUGCAAAAGCACCGAAAGCCUCAGGCGUCCCUUCAGGCAACCCCGUGCUGGCUGGCCCCAAAAAGCUGAGCCUGCGACUCCUUCAGGAUUUCAGCGGCAGCAAUGGCUCCUUGGAGAAAGGCUCCCAGCUGCAAGGAGCGAGGCCGCAAGCAAGGGAUGGAAAGCCGGGGGUCCGGCACCAGCACGGAGAAGGGAAUGCGGGGCAGACCGAGGGAUCAAAGCUGGCAGCGCUCUUCGAGCAUCCUCUGUACAACAUCCCCAUGCCGGAGGUGACAGAGAAGGACAAGCUGUUUGUCGUCAACCCCAUGGAGAAAUUCAGCCUGCGCAGCAGCGGGAGUGACGAAUGGGUCAGCAGCAGUAAAGCCGAGACGCUCCUCCCGACAGGGAAGACGGCCUACGACACCUACCCUACCUGGCUCAAAUUCCACGUCGGCAUCAACCGCUACGAGCUGUACCCCCGCCGGGACCCCCUGAUGCCCACCCUCCUCCGGGACUUGGCCACACAGAGGAUCAUCAGCUCGGUCCAGAAGUCCGGCGGGACCCAGCUCAAGCUCAUCAUGACGUUCCCGAAUUACGGGCAGGCCCUCUUCAAGCCCAUGAAGCAGACCCGGGACCAGGAGACCCCCAUCGACUUCUUCUACUUCUCGGACUUUGAGCGGCACAACGCAGAGAUUGCAGCCUUCCACCUGGACAGGAUCCUGGAUUUCCGGCGAAUCCCCCCAGUUUCUGGCCGUUUGGUCAAUAUAACGAAGGAGAUCCGUGACAUUACCACCGACAAGAAACUGGCCAAGACUUUCUUCAUCUCCCCAGCGGGCAACGUCUGCUUCUACGGGGAGUGCUCCUACUACUGCUCCACUGAGCACGCCCUCUGUGGAAAGCCGGACCGGCUGGAGGGCUCCAUGGCCGCCCUGCUGCCCGACAAGACUUUGGCCAAGCGCCGUUCCUGGCGCAGCCCUUGGCGUCGCUCCUACCACAAGAGCAAGAAGGCUGAGUGGGAGCUGAACCCCAACUACUGCGCUCAGGUGCGAGAGACGCCGCCUUACGACAGGGGCCAUCGCCUCCUCGACCUCAUCGACAUGGCGGUCCUCGAUUUCCUCAUGGGCAACAUGGACCGGCACCACUACGAGACCUUCGAGAAAUUUGGGAACAACACUUUCCUGCUCCACCUGGACAACGGCCGCGGUUUCGGCACGCACUCGCGCGAUGAACCGUCCAUCCUGGCCCCGCUCUGGCAAUGCUGCAGCAUCAAGAAGUCGACCUACUUGCGGCUACAGCUGCUGGCCACCCAACCCUACCGCCUGAGCGACCUGCUGCGGGAGGCGUUGGCCACCGACCCCCUGGCACCCAUCCUGACCGAGCCCCACCUGCGGGCGCUGGACCGUCGCCUGGGGAAGGUGCUGGCGACGGUGGGACGCUGCCUGGCCGGGGCGGCUCGCCGGGAUGAGGUGGUGGUGGAUGAUGUGGGGUCGUGGGUGUGA